UGGGUGGAGUCACUCCGGGGCCUGGACGGGAACCUGGCGGGGUCAGCUCCCGUCAAGAAGCCUGGCUGAUGGCUGUGUGGGGCCUGGGGAGUCGUCUUGGCCUGCGCGGAUGCUUCGGCGCCGCCAGGCUCCUGUAUCCCCGUUUCCAGAGCCGCAGCCCUCAGGGCGUGGAAGACGGGGACAGGCCACAGCCUUCCUCGAAGACACCCAGGAUCCCCAAGAUUUACACCAAAACGGGAGACAAAGGGUUUUCUAGCACCUUCACAGGAGAAAGGAGACCCAAAGACGACCAAGUGUUUGAAGCCGUGGGAACUACAGAUGAAUUAAGUUCAGCUAUUGGGUUUGCUGUGGAAUUAGUCACAGAAAAGGGCCACAUAUUUGCUGAAGAGCUUCAGAAAAUCCAGUGCACAUUGCAGGACGUCGGCUCGGCUCUGGCGACACCGCACUCCUCGGCCCGGGAGGCUCACUUAAAGUACACCACGUUCGAGGCGGGGCCCAUCCUGGAGCUGGAGCAGUGGAUCGACAAGUAUACCUGCCAGCUCCCACCACUCACGGCCUUCAUCCUGCCUUCGGGAGGCAAGAUCGGCUCAGCGCUGCAUUUCUGCCGGGCCGUGUGCCGCCGGGCUGAGAGACGUGUGGUGCCUCUUGUCCAGAUGGGAGAGACCGAUGCGAACGUGGCCAAGUUCUUAAACAGACUCAGUGACUAUCUCUUCACACUAGCCAGAUAUGCAGCCAUGAAGGAGGGGAAUCAAGAGAAAAUAUACAAGAAAAAUGACCCAUCAGCCGAGUCUGAGGCACGCUGAAAUCACAGAAAGUGGGAGCUUGGAGAAUCCCUCCAUGGCAAUGGUCAUGGAGAGAGGAGCCUGCCCUUCUGGGGUCCUGGUUCCUGAAGAGCUCACCCAGAGAGACUGAAAGCAGCCUUUCGUCCCAGCUCUGCUUUGCUCCACACCUCCUGCCACCUUCCUCAAGGGACUGUGGCCCUUUGGGGAUUCUGUCCCUGACCCUGCUUCCCCAAGCUCUCCUGGGUCUUGGAGGGAUGUGGGAAUGAAUUGGCAUUGCAGGAAAGACAGGUAAAGUGAUUGCUGCAAUGAGAAGGAGCUGUGCGGAAAAAGAAUAAAAGUGAGAAAGGCUGGA